AUGACUACGCCAGGCCGACUUCCAGUCUCAAGCACCUUCGAAGGGGAAGAGAGGAAGCACUACGAAGAGACUAAUCUUGAUGCCGAAGUUGCUUCGUAUGCCCCUCGCCUCCGUGGGCGUAAAUUAACCGUUUCUAUCGCAUUUGUUGCUGGCACUGGAUUUACGUUGUUUGGCUAUGACCAAGGAGUUAUGUCUGCGUUGCUGACCGCUGGACAGUUUGAGAAAGUCUUCCCCCAGGUUGUAGUAGAUAGCAGUCAUCCUAACCACGCUACUCUGCAAAGCUUUGUUGUCGCUAUAUAUGAAAUCGGAUGCCUCAUGGGGGCUUUAUCUAAUCUUUGGGUAGGAGAUCGAUUAGGAAGACGCCAAACAAUUGCAUUGGGUGGAUGUAUCAUGAUUAUUGGUGCUAUUCUUCAAACGACCAGCUACAGCUAUGCUCAAUUAGUGGUUGCUCGGAUAGUCACCGGCAUUGGAAAUGGCUUGAAUACCUCUACAGUUCCUAGCUAUCACGCAGAGCUCUCGUCUGCCGCAAAACGUGGCGCGUUGAUAUUUAUUGAAGGGUCCCUCAUUACCUUUGGUGUCAUGAUCUCUUUUUGGGCGAAUGGAUCUUCUGCUCAGUGGAGAGUUCCUAUUGCGUUCCAGAUAGUUUUAGCUCUGGUCAUGGUAUUUGGAAUCGGUUUCCUUCCUGAAUCACCAAGAUGGCUUGUGAAGCAAAACCGAACCGCAGAGGCAAUAGCAGUGAUAUCGGCGCUCGAGAAUAAAGCCCCAGACGAUGCUGAAGUUCAACGCACGUAUCAUGCCAUCUGGGAAGCAGUUGCUAUCGAGGACUUUGGGAUCUCCAGCGGCCUUGGAGGCAAACCGAACAUCGAGCGCUCGCCUUUGAGAAAACUUCUCGUUGGCGGUCGGAGCCAACAUUUCAGGAGAGCUUGUCUAGGAACGAUCCUAUUUCAACGCCUUGGUCUGUCGGAUGUUACCUCACGUCUCAUCGCGGCUGCAAAUGGAACAGAGUAUUUCCUUGCCUCUCUCAUAGCUAUCUUCAUCAUAGACCGUAUCGGGCGACGAAAACUCAUGCUUUUUGGCGCUGUGGGCCAGUGCAUCACUAUGAUAUUACUUGCCGUUCUCGGCAGUAUACAAGGCACGGGAGCACAAGUAGUCAGUGCUGUACUACUUUUUGUGUUUAACUCGUUCUUUGCUAUCGGCUGGUUGGGCAUGACGUGGCUAUACCCUGCCGAAAUCGUCGGGUUGGAAAUUCGGGCACCUGCCAAUGCCCUGAGCACAUCUUCGAAUUGGAUAUUCAAUUUCGUGGUCGUGAUGGUCACUGGUCCAUCGUUCAACAAUAUAUCAUGGGGCACUUACAUCGUAUUCGCUGCGCUGAACGCUUUUAUCAUUCCAGUAGUCUAUUUCUUCUUCCCAGAGACUGCAGGUCGUUCGUUGGAAGAUAUGGAUGUCAUCUUUGCAUUGGCGUACAAUGAAGGCGUCUCGCCGGUCAAAGUCUCUCUGCGAAAAGACAUCUCUCUUGCAGGGUCACCAGAGGCUGAUAGAAUCUUAGGCAUAGGAACAAUAGACCGGAAAGUCGAUACUUUGAGAGUGACCAUGUGA